GAAAGUGUUUUUUUUUUAUUUAUUUUUUUAAGAAAGUGGUUUCUGUAGGACAAUAAUGGGCGUUUCUCAAUCUGUGGGUGUUUUCAAAUCGGGAUGGGCAAAAACUAUCCAAAGAAAUUUUACUAAGACAAAGGACAUCAAGAAUGGUUACAGGAUAUGGGACAUUUACUGCCUCAAUUUAACUUGGCUGGGAGGCUCCUACUGUAAGAGAGUGAAGUCUUAAACAAAAUAUGAGUGUUGCUCUGCCAAAACAAAUAAACUCUGAAUGACGGCUGAAGCUCUUUUAUAUGCUAUACCAGUGGAUAUGCAUAACUAAAUACACCUGCAAAACCUUUGAUUGAUUUAUGCAUGGUAUCUAACAAAUAAUACAUUUUCAAUUAAGCAAACCUUAAAGGGCAAGCCAUUAGCUUUGCAUUAAUUAACUUAAAGCUCUUUCAUAUAAUAAAUGAAUAUGACUAAAAUACAGUAAUGAACUAAAUGAACUUAGAAAACCAUUCACUGCCAUCUAAGAGUAUCUUUUAGCUAUCUUUCAUGUGAACGAGCUACUUCCAACUUUAUAACUCAGCAAGUAUCAUUGAGAAAUCCGAGUUUCCUGACGCAUGACUUUGCUUGGUCAUUCAUGUGCACAUAACUUGUUUACUCGUAUUUACAAUAUUUCAGACUGCACUUGAAAGUGCUUGUUAUCUCCUUACAGAAGACAUUCUCUUUCUUUGGGCACAGAAUAAUUGACAAGCGACACCGAUUCCUACGUUUCAGUCAUGCACGAGUCUUGUGUUCUACCUCUCUCUUUGUAACUUUUACCUGAACCGCCCAUUAUCACCUCGAAUUUGCGCUUGUUAAAGUUCAUGUUCUAUGUUAAUCAUUUAUACCUGAUAGCAUAUGUUUGAGGGAGACCGUGUGAUCAUAUGCUUUUUCACUGGCAAUCAUGAGAGUCGUAGUUUGUCUGCUAUCUUUUCUAACUGUGCUCGGCAGCACAGAAUGUGGGAAUAUUUUAGUCUGGCCUACUGAUGGGAGUCAUUGGAUAAAUCUGAAAAUAGUGUUGGAAACAUUGAUGGACAGAGGACAAGGUGUAACAGUUCUGCUGCCGAAUGUUUCCCUUUUAAUGAAAGCCAAAGAAUCAGACCGCUUUUCCUACCUGCCCUUUAAUGCGUCCAUGUCUUCUAAGGACCUACAUGCUUUCUUUGAGGAACUUCUACAAUUCUCGAUCUAUGAGAUGGAUGAGUUAAACCCACUGCAGAUUUUUAUGAAAUUCUAUACAUUUGUCUCCAAACAUCUGGAUACGUGCCUUAUAUACUGCGAUGGCAUCCUAAAAUCUCCACAGUUGAUGGACAAAUUGCGGCAAGGAAAAUUUGAUGUUCUUCUGUCAGACCCGAUGUGCCCGUGCAGCGAUAUAGUGGCUGAACAGCUGAACAUUCCCUUGGUGUACACGUUACGGUUCUCCAUCGCUCACACUCUAGAGCGGAUGUGUGGUCAGUUACCGGCUCCACCAUCAUUUGUUCCUGGAGCCAUGAGUAAACUCACAGACAAGAUGAGCUUUACAGAGCGAAUCUUCAACAUGCUCUUCUACCUUUCUCAAGAUGCCUUGGCCAUUACUCUGUGGAAAAAAUAUGACAACUACUACACUGAUUAUUUAGGACGACCAACUUCCUUUUGUGAGAUGAUGGGUAAAGCUGAUAUCUGGCUAAUCCGGUCCUACUGGGAUUUUGAGUUUCCUCGGCCAUUCUUGCCCAACUUCAAAUUCGUUGGAGGGCUUCACUGCACCCCUGCCAAGCCUUUAUCCAAGGACAUGGAGGAGUUUGUGCAGAGUUCUGGGGAUGAUGGGAUAGUUGUGUUCACUUUGGGAUCCAUGGUAAAGAACAUGACCAAAGAGAGGAGCAAUAUGAUCGCCUCUGCAUUCGCACAAAUACCUCAGAAGGUCUUAUGGAGAUACUCUGGAGAGAAGCCAGAUACUCUUGGUGGAAACACCAGAAUCUAUGACUGGAUCCCUCAGAAUGAUUUAUUGGGUCACCCCAAAACCAGAGCGUUCAUCACUCAUGGGGGCACUAAUGGCAUAUUUGAGGCCAUAUAUCAUGGUGUUCCAAUGGUCGGGAUUCCCUUGUUUGGUGAUCAGCCUGAUAACUUGGCCCAUAUGAAGGUCAAGGGGGCUGCUGUUGUCAUGGAUGGCAUUAAAAACAUGCAGACUCAAGACCUGGUGGACGGACUCAACGCUGUCAUUAACGACCCCUCGUAUAAAGAGAAUGCCAUGCGUUUGUCCAGGAUUCAUCAUGACAGACCAAUGAAGCCUUUAGAUGAGGCAGUGUUCUGGAUAGAGUUUGUCAUGCGUAAUAAAGGUGCUAAACACCUGCGUGUGGAGGCCCACAACCUUACCUGGUACCAGUACCACUGUCUGGAUGUGUUCGCUUUUCUCAUCACUAUAGUGACUGUAGUCCUCUACAUCUCCUUUAAGAUGUGCAAAUUCUUCAUAAUGCGUUGCUGUUUCCGAUCAAAGCGUAAAAGCAAAAAAGAGUGAUGCAGGUAAAGGCCUUUGUUUUUAGAAUUCUUCACACUGAACUUUCUGUCUGAUAAAUAUUUGAACUUGUCAUUUCAAAUGUAUUAAAAUACAAAAACAAACACAAUUUUGCCUUUCUCUUUUUAUUUUUUUUUUUCAAAUUAAAAAAAUA